AUGGCAGGCAGUGGACUUAAAGAAGCUCUUAGUGUAAUUUAUGCUCCAAAUUCUGUGGAUAAAAUAUUAAAUGGGCAUGCUUAUUCAAGAGCAGUUAGAGGUCACAUAUUACUUCACUUAGUGUUAUCAACCAUUGUUGCUGAAUAUACACAAAUAGAUGACUCUACUGACGAAUAUUUGAGAGCUUAUAUUAAUCAAAUAAUUAAAAAAAAUUGUUCAUACGAAGAUGUAGAAGGUUCUAGCAGUAUACUAGAACCAUAUAUAGAACAGUUUAAUGCUACUUUAAAAAAUAUACAAAUUCGAGGACCCACAGUAAAAUUAUGGGUUCAAUAUUUUCAAAUGGUAUCUAAACUCAAAGACUUUAUCAGAUCUGAAAGAUUAGGAAAUUGGCAAGGACACUUAAAUGCUGUGAAAAAAUGCUCCCUUUUUUCAUGCAUCUGGACACUAUAUAUAUGCAAAAUCCGCAUAUUUAUAUUUGCAGAAUAUGCUUAA